UUAGCAGUACACAAUCCUGAACCUGUGCCAGUUUAAACUUUAGCCCUUCCCUCUGCUAACGCACAUACUGUAUUAGAAAAGUAUCUUGGCAAAGAGAGUGCAGGAAGAAUCUGAAUUUCACAACAAUCAGCUAUGAAAACGGAAAACUGCAGCUGUCUACAAAACAAAUGUUGAUAUCAAGUGACAGAGUUCUGUGAUAAGAUAUUUUCAACUCACAAUCAAUAGGUACUGUAAAGGAUGGCUCUGGUUUUCAAGGUCAUUAAACACUACUCUAAGUAUUUAGCCAGAAGGGUCAAAUCUCCCCAAGCAAUAUGGCACAACGCAAAUUUCUUGCAAUCUUUGGGUGGUUCAGGAGCCUCACGUUGCAGUGCAUUUUCCACUGUUCAUUCAGAGAAAGAUGAUCAUUACAGUUAUAUCAUAGUGGGCGCUGGAUCUGCCGGAUGUGUUUUAGCCAACCGCCUGUCUGAGAAUCCUGAUGACUCUGUACUUGUUUUGGAGGCAGGUCCAAAAGAUCUAAUCUUUGACUGCAAGAGAUUGUCAUGGAAGAUCCACAUGCCUGCGGCCCUCAUAUACAAUCUUUGUAAUGAUAAAUACAAUUGGUCUUAUCAUACAGUGCCUCAGAAACACAUGGAUAAUAGGGUUAUGUAUUGGCCUAGAGGGAGAGUUUGGGGUGGAUCAUCAUCUUUGAAUGCUAUGGUAUAUAUACGUGGCCAUGCAGAAGAUUAUAAUAGAUGGAGUCAAGAAGGGGCUACUGGAUGGGACUACAGUCAUUGCUUACCUUACUUUAAAAAGGCUCAGACACAUGAGCUUGGCACUGACAACUACAGGGGUGGACAUGGACCACUAUAUGUCUCACGUGGGAAAACCAAUCAUAUUCUCCACAAUACAUUUAUUAAAGCAUCUCAGGAGGCAGGUUAUCCGUUCACAGAUGACAUGAAUGGCUACCAACAAGAAGGUGUUGGAUGGAUGGACAUGACCAUAUAUAACGGUCACCGAUGGAGCACGGCCAGUGCUUAUCUUCGACCAUCAUUAUCUCGACCCAAUGUAUGUGUUGUAGAAAAAACACUUGUUACCAAGAUAAUUUUCCAAGGGCUGAAAGCCACAGGGGUGGAAUACAUAAAAAAUGGACAGAAGAAAAAGGCAUUUAUUACGAAAGAAGUUAUUCUGAGUGGAGGGGCCAUAAACUCGCCGCAAAUUCUCAUGUUGUCCGGAAUUGGAAAUGCAGAUGAACUGACGAGGCUGGGAAUCCCAGUAGUUGCUCACCGUCCAGGCGUGGGACAGAACUUGCAGGAUCAUCUAGAGGUCUACGUUCAACAGCAAUGCACUCAGCCCAUUACCCUGUACGCAGCACAGAAACCAAUACGGAUGGUCAGAAUAGGCUUGGAAUGGUUCUGGAAAUUUACAGGAGAUGGAGCGACUGCACACUUGGAAUCUGGUGGGUUUAUCCGAAGUGGUCCUGGAGUAAAGCACCCUGAUAUACAAUUCCAUUUUUUGCCUUCGCAAGUGAUUGAUCAUGGGCGAGUCAGUCCAAAGGUGGAGGCUUAUCAGGUUCACGCUGGAACCAUGAGAGCUACAAGUGUUGGCUGGCUAAAACUACGGAGCUCAGACCCAAUGGACCAUCCUAUUAUUAAUCCGAACUAUCUAUCAACUGAAAAGGACAUUUUGGAUUUCCGUCAGUGCGUGAAGUUAUCCAGAGAGAUUUUUGCUCAGAAAGCUUUUGAUAAAUUCCGAGGCCCAGAGAUCCUGCCAGGACAAAGUGUACAGUCGGAUCAGGAAAUAGAUGCGUUCAUCAGACAAAAAGCUGACACCGCUUACCAUCCUUCAUGUACCUGUAAAAUGGGACAACCAACUGACCCCAAUGCAGUUGUUUGUCCAGACACAAAAGUGAUUGGAGUAGAAAAUGUACGGGUUGUGGAUGCUUCUAUCAUGCCUAGUAUUGUGAGUGGAAACUUAAAUGCUCCCACUAUUAUGAUAGCAGAGAAAGCUUCUGACAUAAUCAAAGGCAUUCCUUCACUUCUGGAUGAGAAUAUUCCCAUUUACAAACCGAAGACACUAGAAACUCAACGAUAAGAAAUCUAAUUAUGUUUAAUUCCUGAAUUAAUUCUGUCCUAAACAUCUCGAGUUGCAGCUUUAAAAAGUAAAAUGCGCCUGGGUUGACUUUUCUAAGGUGAAAAAAUUGUAUUCCAAAGAGGCAAAUUGGUCUGUCAGGCUAGUUAGCUAUUGUAGAAUGUUGCACAGUCUUUCUUUUUAUGUUGGGUAUGGAUGUCUAAUCGGUUAAAAAGAACAGAUGAUAAUUUGCUAUGCUACAUAGUUACAUAGCUGAAAAGAGACUUGCAUCCAUCAAGUUCAGCCUUCCUAACAUAUGUUUUUGCUGUUGAUCCAAAAGAAGGCAAAAAAACCAGCACUUCCAAUUUUGCAACAAACUAGGAAAGAAUUCAUUCUUGACCCCAAAAUAGCAGUCAGAUGUCUCCUUCGAUCAAGCAGCUAUUACCCCACUAAUUAGAAAUGAUAUCCCUGUAUGUUAUGUUUUUGCAAGUAUUUAUCCAAUUUCAGUUUAAACAUCUGUAUGGACUCUGAUAAAACUACCUCUUCAGGCAGAGAAUUCCAUACCCUUAUUGCUCUUACUGUAAAAAAAAACAAAAACUUUUCUUUGCCUUAGAUGAAAUCUCCUUUCUUCCAGCCUAAUGCUGUACCAUGAGUAGUAUGGAAUGUGGGUGUACGAGAGAAUUGAGGUUAGAAUUGAGGUCUCCAUAUGUGUCCUUAUCUGGCCAGAGUUUUAUCUGAAAGCUCUGACAUCAUGUGUAUAAAAGAAAGACAAAGAACCACAUUACCUUGUUUCUCUGUCUUUCUGGACAAAGGCGAAAAUGGCUCUCUGCAACAUCGUUACGUUGUACCAUCAGUUACGUUUUUGCAUAUGUAUUGCUGUUUGUAUUGUGAGUAGAAUAAAUGUAUAGUUUUUUUUAUAAAGAAGCUUGCGUAUUAAUAUUUAAAAAAAAUGAAUACAAGAUAUAUACAUAAAGACUUACUCCAAUCACCCACAUACAUAUUUAUUACAGAUAUAAUAAAUGAUUUCACAGUCUCGUGAUAAUGGUUCCUAAGCCAUCUAGAAUAGAUUUGUCAUUUCUUUAUAAUGAUAUAUUUUUUUAACACUAAGUUUAAAGCAUGUGAUCUGUAACCUUUGCAAACAUACGAUUUAAAGAUAUUUGGGUUCAUUUACUAUACAGAGACUUGUAAUGAAUUAAAUUACAAAUAACAAAAUUUAGGCAAAAAAUUGUGGAC